UGUAUUUAAAUAUUUCAGAUGCCCCAAAAGGUAAUUUAAUCUGAUUUUCAUUUUAGUAUGUGCUACUCAAAAAUGCAGAAAAGAGAAUCAUUUAAAGAUUGUGUGCAUAGUUUGCUCUAAUUUAAUCAACUCAAAGUUAAAACAUUUGGUAAAACUAAAGACAUUUCAAUUGAAGAUGAAAAAAAAACAAGCCAAAAUAUAUUUUGUUCUUUUACACCAAGAAAUUUUAUUUCAGAUGCAGGAUCCUUUUUGUAUAGACUGUGAGACUGAUGUUCACAAAUGCAACUGCUAAACAUCUGGGAUUUGUGGUACUUCAAUUAGAAACACUGAAGAGCUGUGCAAGAUAGGAAACUUCCGUGACCAGAACAGCUGCCAUGAGCAUACAACCAUGCAAAGUACAAAAAAAGUAGAUACAGAUACGUAUCUUCUGUGCAUGCUGAAAAGAACAGUGGACAGCAAUGUAUGAAAUGCAGUUAUUGUCCUCUUCUUCCAAAGAUAAUAGUCAAGAACCAGAAGGUAUAAAGGAAACAAAUUCAUUGGGCCUUCCCUCCAGGCAACGUAGUUGUGCUGCAGUAAAUACUCCAUCUGCAUGCGUUAACAAAGCUAUUCAUCAUAUUCAAGAUCUAGAAAUGAAAGUGGAAGAAACAUUUCAACAGUAUGAUCAUUUAUAUAAGUUGGAGAAAAUUCCAUGGAAUACAGAAAAUGUUGAAGAGAUUAAAGAUAUCUGGUCAUCAGUUUCUUCUGAUCUGAAGGCUGAACAAUCAUUAUACUGGAAAGACCUCCAACCUUUAAAGCAGAAAACAGCGGCUAUUCUGGGAGAGGUUACAGAGUUAGUUACAAGAUUAGAAACUGAACGUAAACAAGCUGAAGAAGCUUUGGAGUUUGAGAUACAGCGUAGGAAAAAGCUAUACUUAAGUGCUGAUAAACUGUCACUGUGGAGACUACAACAGCUUCCCAUAGCUGUUCAAAAAGAAUGGGAGAAAUGUUCACAAGAUGUUACAGAUUUCCAGUGGCAUUUUGAAGAAAAAAAUCAGCAACUACAGGAUGCAGUAGACCAACUGUCAAAAAUAGAUGUAGUUAAUGCAAAGAUUCAGGAGCAUAUAGACUUCAUGAAGGAAUACAGCCCUCUGCUGGAAGAAAAGCUGACUUUUGAAUGUGACUCUAUAGAAGAAGCAAAAAGGAUUUACAUGGAGGCGAAAGCAUUAUAUGAUACUGUUCAUCAGAAACUACUGAUGGUGAGAGCUAUACAUGCAGAAGUCAUAGAAGAGUGUGAGAAGAGAAGAAAAUUAAUGUCUGAACAAAUCCAGGAAGCUGAAUUUGUGUUGAACGAUCUUAUUAAUCGGUUAAAAGAAGAUGAAGCCCUUUUCAAUGAUUAUUGUACCAAGAUAAAUGAACUGAAAGAAGCAAUAGCACAAAAUAAAAUUCUUCUUGAAGAACUGAUCAAGCAAGAAACGGAUGCAAAUACUGACAUAAUGGCUUGGCAUGAUAAAGUAAGGCGUUUGAUCUUGAAAAUCACCACUCAGGAAAAUGAGAACAAAGAUUUACUGAAUGAGUAUCUCGAAGAGAUGAUAUUAAUGGAAACUUCUAAAACUGGUCAACAGUCUGAUAUAAAAGACCUGAAAGAUAAGCUUAUGAAAUUAAAGGAGGAAAUAGAUUAUUUGCAGAGGGAAAACCAGAUUUUAUAUAAUGAAAAUGGAGGAUUUCUGCAAAAAUUCAGAGAGAGUACAAGAAGAAAAAUGGGAUAUCAAGCAGAAAUCCAGGUUUUGCUGAAAAAUAUUCGUAGACUGGAAGAACAUUUAAAUAAAGUCAGUAAAGAACUUUGUUCAGUUGAAUUAGCUUAUGAUGAAGCCAAAAAUAAACUGGAGGAAUUGGAGCAAAACAUCGUGAAAGAAAAAAUGCGUUUCAAGAACUUGGAAGAAAAUAUUAAAAAACAAAUUAAAGAUGAAGUAAGUGCUUGGAAGCUGACCCAGAAAAGAGUUAAGGCAUUGCAGUCAGAGCUAGAGAAAAUGCAAAAGGAACAAAUGAUUGUAGAAGAAAACAUUCAGAAGAAAUUAGCAGACCUUGAGGAAUGUGUCGCCGAGCAAUCAGCCAUUCUAGCAAGAAGUAAAGAUAUGCAAAAUGAUUUGAAUAAGAAAACUUCUGAUUUGAAGCAGAAGAUUCAAGAACUCGAUGAAGAGGAGAAAAAAAUUAAAAAAGAGCUAGAUGAGCAGAAGAAUUAUUUUAAAAACCUAUUGGCCAAUAUAGAGGAGAAAUAUUUAGAUAUUUCGAGUCAGCUGGCUAAAGUCAAUGGAGAUAUUGCAAAAUUUCAAAAGGAAAUUGCUAAACUAAAUAAUUUAAGUGAAAAAAAGCAAAAACAACUGGAUACCACACAGAAGUGUUUAGCAGAUUUGAGGGAAAAAUAUGCUAGAAUUAAUGCAAAGGAGCAGAAUGCUCAGAGAUUAGUAGAUUUUCUCCAUGAUCGGCUGGACUAUGUUGAAAAAAAAGUAAUGACAGACAGCAGAGUUUUUGAAGAGCAACUGUGGGAUAGACAGAAAUCUCUGAAAGCUAAGAAGAUUGCUGUUGAUGAUGCAAUGAGUGAAAAUCUGCGUUUAGCACAAGAAUAUCAGAUGCUACAAAUCUGCUAUCUAAAUGACAAAAAUAAGCUUAUGGACUUCUGUGAUCAUAAAGUCAGGGCUGAAGCAGCAUUAAGAGAUCAACAGCAGCUCUCUCAGCUGCAAAGGAAGCUGCACAAGGUAUUGGUGGAGUACUUCAAACUGCGAGCCCUCUAUAGCCAAGCUGGGCUGGCAAAGUUCCAGGCAGCCUCUCAUGAGAAUUUUCAGAAAAUAUUAGCUGUGCAGGGGGGGUUGUCAGAGACACUCCAACAGGCAAGCACUUUCUUGAAGUCUUUGACAGAUGGCUCUUCUACUUAGGAGACAAUGCAAACAACUGCUGUGUCUUGGAUGCCGAGAUAAAAGACAAGAAAAGUCACACAGUUCAGAUAACAGUUUCAGCGUAUGCUGAUACCUACUAAUGAAUACAUGUCCUCAUAUACUGACCCUGAUCCACAAAUACACAGUAGAACAGUAGAAGAGGAUUCUACUGAACAUGUGCUCUAAACAACAGAGCUUUCAACAGAUCUUUUGGGAGAUAAAGGAGACAAGAGCUGCAUGCUACCUGCUCCUCUACAACAGGCGAUCCUGCCAAGCCCUGCUUGCCUUUGAUUAUGCUGGAACUAUGCAAAGACACAACAGGAACCAGAGAUAAGUGAUGUGGAAGAGGAUGGGGCAGUUCUAGUCAAAGUAAUUCACACCUAACUUUAAUAAUGGGAUUUUCCCUUCAUUGCCGGUAUAUAUAUUCUUAUGAACGCAUCCCUGUCUGA